UUUGCAGUGUAAUUCGAACUAUCGAUCGAGCAAGAUGAAAACGUCGUUGUUGUUUCUGUUAGUGUGCUUCCAGUCAUCUCUUGCUACCCAAAUCGUCUACAAAAAUCACUCAUGUGUACCGUCCGCUUACUCCAAGAUGUGCAUCCUGGAGAAUUUCCACUACGAUGAGGAAGAAACGCACGUGAUCCAUAGCUUUCCCGCGAACCUUCAUCACGUCCGAAUCACCCGCGAGACUCGAUCCAUCAAAGGACCGGUAAGGACCUUCAAUGUCAACGCCAAGUUACACACAAUGCUUGGACGACCUGCAAUUCUGGAAAUGCAAGGACAUGCCAUGUGGCACCUUGAACUACCUCGAGCACUUCAACAGGGAAUUUUCCAAAAAUUAUACAUCCCGAACUUGACGGUAGAACCCGGGACGGACAUCCCAAACUUGGUUUAUUUGGAUCUAUCAUACAAUUACUUGAGGAACAUUGCCAACGUAAGUGCUUUAAUAAACUUGGAAGUGCUUCUCCUAGGCGAAAACUACAUCAAUAGCAUAGAACCAACAACGUUCCAGAAUCUCACCAAGCUGAGAAUUCUAAACUUGGGUAACAACUACCUCACCAAGGUCGCUCUGAACAUCUACCCGAAAAGCCUAACCGAGCUGAACCUAUUCAGCUGCAAAAUCAAAUCCCUCAACUAUCGCCAUCUGUACCUCCCCUCGAUGGAGGUGCUCAACAUCGAGCAAAACAAGCUGACGUCGAUCGACGGGCCAGCGUUGAUGCUCGCCAUGCCAAAGCUUAAAACGAUACGAAUCGGGUGGAACCUUUUCGAGCGGGAAGAACUGCAGGAAGCUCUCGAGCAGUUCCAGCGGCACAACAUCAGCAUCCGUGACGAAGCGGAUGAGGCCGCUUGCUACUUCAACGAGCAGGUCGUCCAAGGAGUGUGCAUUACGGACCACGAGCCACCGAGGGGUGUCAUGCGGGAGAUUCUGAUGACCGUGGUGGUGAUUGUGGUUGCGAUUGCGUUGGGGGCGACGCUGCGGUGGGGGUUUGUUUCAAUGAAGGGCGGUGAGUGAGAUAAGACGAGUGCUUGUUUUGUGAAUUUAUGGAAAAUAAACAAUGAUUUUCAUGGAAA